AUGUCGAACAUUUUAUCCAACGCCUGCGCUGGCGAAUGGGCCUGGCCCAAAGGCCUGGCUGUCCUGCAGACUGAACGGCUUCGAGGCGGAGGCAGAUCUCUCCCUGGAUUCAGUGCUGUGAUGCAAUCCCUGCAGUGGUUGACAGCGGCGGACUUCUUGAAGAUCCUUCAAGGGAAUGUUGAAGUCGAUGCCAUCAGCUGCUGUUCCUUUCAGAAGACCUUGGAAUCCGCUGGUCAUUGGCGGCGGUGCCUGGACGCGUUGGAGCAGAAUGACCAGCAGCAGUUGGUGCCGGAUGCUCUGCUCUACAACACCUUGGUGAGUUCGAGUGAGAAAAGUAGCGCUUGGACAGCUUCCUUCUCCCUCUUCGCCCUGCGUGCAGCCCAUUUUGGACCUGACGCCCUGAGUGCCAGCGCGACCGUGCUAUCGUGUUGUCAAUCUAGCAUGUGGCCCUGGGCAUUGGAUCUUCUGAAGUCCUUGGAGAGGGCAAAUUUUCCUCCAAGCUCUCAUGCACUCGCAGCAGUGCUUGGUGAAGUUGCUGAAGUACCUGAAGUGGAGGUCAUGGUAUUUUCCAUGUUGGCUCACGCAACUGUGGAUGGAGUAGCUGUCCCUCCCAGUUUGCUGCCGACGCUACAGUCUGCUUUGUUGGCCGCAGCUGCUUACCGGCAUCCGGGCGUGGAGGCUCCCCGACAGCAGCUCUUUACCACCACCAGCAACAGACAGGGUCUCUACCGCUACACCAAGGAGCUGCGUUUGUUGCGGCACCUCCUGCACUGUGCCCCGUCCACUCCGUCGGAGGUCUGUCGGGCCAUCGAAAGCUUCGGCGCAGGGACGAAGCGAUGGUUGAAGGUGGCGGGAACACAGAAGGCCAAGGUCUUGGAAGCAGUCGUGGCAGGGGGAGUUCAGCAGCCGACCCAGAUCUUGGAGAUCGGUACUUAUUGUGGUUAUUCCGCCCUGCGCAUGCUCCUCGCCCUGCAACGCUCUGUUCCUCCGCUGUUGCUGCACAUUGACAGCUUGGAGGCGGAUGCUGUCCACGCGGUGGUGGCAUGCAAUGUGCUGCAAGUGGCAGGAGUGAGCUCGGAUCAAAUCCGGAUUCACAUUGGACACAGCAAGAGUUUGCUGCCGAGCUGGCCAGCUGCGCAGUUUGGUGCAGUCUUCAUGGAUCAGCGUGGCUCACGUUAUGAGGAGGACCUGAGUGUCCUGGAGCGUCGUCAGCUGUUGGCCCCGGGCGCUGCAAUCAUCGCGGACAACGUGCUGAAGCCGGGCGCGCCGCGGUUUCUGUGGAAACUCACGGGGCAGAGGCGCCAAGACCACUCCUAUCAUCUGCAAAUUCUAAGCUUGCAGGAGUUCGCUAUGCCAUCCGAAGACUGGAUGACCGUCAGCAUACGAAAAGCAUCGCCGCAGGCUUCAGGCAGCGAGGAGGUGCCUGAGAAGAUUAUGGAACUGCAUCACUUGGCUGAAGCUAUGAGAGAUUUGGCCAGUAAACCAGGUGGUACUUCAGUGUCCUUUGACGAAUGGCGGAACUUUGCUUUGAAGAUGAAGGAGGAGUUGAAGCGCUUGGGCAUCCAAGCCACAGCUGAAGUGCGCGACUUUGGAUUCUUGAGAAGUUCCACUUGGGUCUUGGGCAAGAUGCAAGAUCUUUUGCGGGCGGAUUUCUUUCCUGGACAUCCGGGACAUCAACCUGUGCAACAAGAAGACAGCCGCCUACGCCUGGAACAUGGAAAUUGCGGAGCAGGACAGCGGCUGCACAAGGACGCAGUGAUGUCCAACAUUUUAUCCAACGCCUGCGCUGGCGAAUGGGCCUGGCCCAAAGGCCUGGCUGUCCUGCAGACUGAACGGCUUCGAGGCGGAGGCAGAUCCCUCCCUGGAUUCAGUGCUGUGAUGCAAUCCCUGCAGUGGUUGACAGCGGCGGACUUCUUGAAGAUCCUUCAAGUCUCGAAUGUUGAAGUCGAUGCCAUCAGCUGCUGUUCCUUUCAGAAGACCUUGGAAUCCGCUGGUCAUUGGCGGCGGUGCCUGGAUGCGUUGGAGCAGAAUGACCAGCAGCAGUUGGUGCCGGAUGCUCUGCUCUACAACACCUUGGUGAGUUCGAGUGAGAAAAGUAGCGCUUGGACAGCGUCCUUGUCCCUCUUCGCCCUGCGUGCAGCCCAUUUUGGACCCGACGCCCUGAGUGCCAGCGCGACCGUGUUGUCGUGUUGUCGAUGUAGCAUGUGGCCAUGGGCAUUGGAUCUUCUGAAGUCCUUGGAGAGGGCAAAUUUUCCUCCAAGCUCUCAUGCGCUCGCAGCAGUACUUGGUGAAGUUGCUGAAGUACCUGAAGUGGAGGAGUUUGCUAUGCCAUCCGAAGACUGGAUGACCGUCAGCAUACGAAAAGCGUCGCCGCAGGCUUCAGGCAGCGAGGAGGUGCCUGAGAAGAUUAUGGAACUGCAUCACUUGGCUGAAGCUAUGAGAGAUUUGGCCAGUAAACCAGGUGGUACUUCAGUGUCCUUUGACAAAUGGCGGGAACUUUGCUUCGAAGAUGAAGGAGGAGUUGAAGCGCUUGUGCAUCCAAGCCACAGCUGA